AUGCCCACCUCCAAUGUUGCAUCCCCAAAUGUCUCCUUCCACCAUCUUAAUCUUGGAACCCUAAGCAAAUCCAUUGCCAUCUCAGGCCUUGUACUUUUCGUGUUCUACACGGUUUGGUCCAACCAUGUCAAUGGUUAUGUGUUUUUAGACAAGGAACCUACACCAGAGUUCCUACCAUGGCCACUUACCUCCCCACCGUACCGAGUCAGCAGCAAAUUCACCAACCUAAGGGUCUACCCGAAACUCGUGAGCCCGCCUCAAGUCAGAAUGUUUCGAGCCAUCCUCGACAUGUACCGACAGGGUGAUCAGGCCAACAAAGGGCUGAGAUGGUUCAUGGUCUGCGACGACGACACAUUAGUGUUUGUGGAUAACUUGGUCGAGGUUCUAAACAAGUUUGAUCACACCAAGUACCAUUACAUUGGAGGCAACUCGGAGUGUGUGAAGUCCAAUGCCGACUUCUCAUUCGACAUGGCAUUUGGUGGGGCUGGCUAUGCUUUGAGCUGGCCCUUAGUCGAGGCAUUGUCGAGUAAGCUCGAAGGUUGCAUUGAGAGGUACCCACACCUUUUUGUUAGUGACCAUAUGGUUCAGUCCUGUUUGGCUGACCUUGGAGUUGCUGUAGCUCAUCAGAAGGGAAUUCACCAGAUUGAUCUCCAUGGGGACAUCUCAGGCUUUCUAUCAACUCACCCACAAGCCCCUUUAGUGACCCUUCACCAUUUCGACACCAUUGAUCCAAUCUUCCCCUCCAUGGACCGCCCCGAAGCUAUUCAACACCUCAUGAAAGCAGCAGAAGUCGACGAAUCUCGUCUCGCGCAGCAGACCAUCUGCUAUCAUAGGGAGAGCAACUGGUCUGUCUCGGUUUCCUGGGGCUACUCUGCUUACAUAUACGAGAACAUCAUUCCUAGAAGCACAUUGAUCAAGCCCCUCGAGACGUUCCAGCCAUGGAUUAUCAACACUAGCUACCCAGCUUUCAUGUUCAACACGAGGAGGCCGAAUGAUGAUGCUUGUGAGUCCCCCCACGUGUUCUUCUUCCAGUCUUUCGACGAAGACUGGAAGAAGAACAACGCGUCUGCUGUAGUAGUAGGGGACCAGCAGGUUGUCACUACGUAUACUAGAAAGUGGCCAGCCAACUUGCGUCCUUGCGAGUUGGCUGGGAACCACUCUGCCAGUCUUGUGGAUGAGAUUCGGGUGGUUUCUCGAAUGAGGGCUCGUAAGAUGGCUGGAGUGAUGGAAUGCUGUGAUGUUGAUCACAAGAUUGGAACGAGUUCCGUGGGUGUCACGAUAAGGAGUUGCCUGAAAGAUGAAGUCAUUGCCUAA